GCGGAGAGACGGUACCGGUGUGCGACUUGGAGAACGGAACGGAGACGCCACACACACACACAGCUAGACAGGUCCCUUGAUCUCUCAGGAUGUUCCAUGGAAUUCCAGCACCAGCCAACAUUGGAGCUCCUGGAAAUAAACCAGAAUUGUAUGAGGAAGUGAAGUUGUACAAGAAUGCACGGGAAAGAGAGAAGUAUGAUAACAUGGCAGAACUGUUUGCAGUUGUUAAGACCCUGCAGGCCCUAGAGAAGGCGUACAUCAAGGACUGUGUCUCCCCCAGCGAAUACACAGCAGCCUGCUCUCGCCUUCUGGUCCAGUACAAAGCUGCCUUCAAACAGGUGCAAGGGGCCGAGGUUGGGUCCAUUGAUGAUUUCUGCCGGAAAUACAGGCUCGACUGCCCUCUGGCCAUGGAAAGGAUUAAGGAGGAUCGGCCAAUCACCAUCAAGGAUGAUAAAGGGAAUCUGAACCGCUGCAUUGCUGACAUUGUAUCUCUCUUCAUCACUGUCAUGGACAAACUGCGCCUGGAGAUCCGAGCCAUGGAUGAGAUCCAGCCUGAUUUGCGGGAGCUAAUGGAAACCAUGAACAGGAUGAGCCACCUCCCACCAGAUUUUGAGGGACGGGAGAAAGUGAGUCAGUGGUUACAGAAGCUCAGCAGUAUGUCGGCCUCCGAUGAACUGGAUGAUUCUCAAGUGCGACAAAUGCUCUUCGAUUUAGAAUCUGCCUACAAUGCCUUCAAUCGUUUCCUCCAUUCCUAAUCUCUAACUGUCUUGCUGCCCACCUACUGGCUCCUAGAGUCUCUUUUCCAACCAGCCUCUCAACUCAUAGUGACAUCACAUAUUCCAUCAGCCUUCAGCCUCCAAACUCGUCAUUCCUUCUUCACUCCAACCAGCCUGGCACCAGAGUUUUUUUUACUGUGCAUAAGAGUCUUUGUUGUAUUAUACAGGAGUUGCAGAGAUCAGCCCACCCUUAUGGGAAAUAUAUUCAGAUGAAACGGAAAUGCUAUCAGACUUGUUGUUGCCCCCCUGUCUGGGUGCAGUGUUCUGGUUUGAUGUGGUAAAUAAGCCACCAUGUUCUGGCCAUUUCAUUGGCUUACAUAAGCCCUUUGGCACCAAACUUGAAAGGGAUUCCAUGUCUCUGUAUCUCCUACACUAACUGUGCCAUUGUUUCUCCAACCUUAUUAAAGUUAUUUAUUACUA